AAUUUAAUAUAAUAUUUCUCUACCAACUUUCUCGCCAGCGACGAUCCUCCACCAUGGCGACAACCUUACCAUACGCAGACGUCGAUUCAACCUUGCGAGCUCUCGCCGGUCGAGCCGAGGGUUUCGGCCGGUUCGCCGUUGGUGGCGUUAACGGUCCGGUGCAUCACGUGACUUCAUUGGCCGAUGAAGGGCCAGGAUCGCUUCGUGAAGCAUGUCGUAAGAAAGAACCAUUGUGGAUAGUGUUUGAAAUAUCCGGCACUAUUCAUCUGUCGUCCUACUUGAACGUUUCAUCGCAUAAAACCAUCGAUGGCCGUGGCCAGCGUAUAAAACUUACCGGAAAAGGUUUAAGGUUAAAGGAAUGUGAAAAUAUUAUUAUAUGCAAUCUUGAGUUUGAAGGCGGUAGAGGACAUGAUGUUGAUGGUAUUCAGAUUAAACCGAAUUCAAAACACAUUUGGAUAGAUCGUUGCAGCCUGCGUGACUACGAUGAUGGACUUAUAGACAUAACUAGACAAAGCACAGAUAUUACAAUUUCUAGGUGUUACUUUUCAUUGCAUGAUAAGACAAUGCUUAUUGGAGCUGAUCCAACUCAUAUUGGUGAUAGAUGUAUCAGAGUGACCGUUCAUCAUUGUUUUUUUGACGGGACCCGGCAAAGACACCCUCGUCUUCGAUUCGGGAAAGUUCAUCUUUAUAACAAUUACACCAGAAACUGGGAAGUAUACGCUAUAUGUGCUAGCGUUGAAGCGCAGAUAUACUCUCAAUGCAACAUCUACGAAGCGGGACAGAAGAAAAAGGCUUUUGAGUUUUAUACUGAAAAGGCAGCAGAUAAGGAAGAAGCUAGAUCAGGCUUGAUAACAUCUGAAGGGGACUUGCUCUUAAACGGAGCUCAACAGUGUCCGUCGAAAGAAGCCAAUGGAGAACACAUGUUUCAUCCCAGUGAGUUUUACCAAAACUGGACAACCGAACCUGCUUCGGAUUCGUUAAAACACAUUCUCCAAAUCUGCACUGGUUGGCGAUCUGUUCCAAGACCAGCUGAACAAUGUUAAUUGUUGAUGAUAAACAUGAACAAGUUAUAAAGUUUCAGCAAAGUUAAUAAACAAUUUACUUAAUAGUAUUUAUCUUUA